AUGGUACAGCCGAUUCAUGGCGAUGUGGCCACUGGUUUAACCGAAAAUAGACUUUCGUUCUCUAGGAUCCCUAGAAUAAGCCUCCAUGUAAGGGAUUUGUCGAUCGUUGCAUCUAAGAGUAACACGACGCUGGUCAACUCAUUUUCAAUGGACUUGCCCAGCGGGUCGGUCAUGGCAGUUAUGGGUGGUUCAGGGUCAGGGAAGACCACGCUGUUGAAUGUGCUGGCAUCCAAGAUUAGUGGUGGUUUAAGGCAUGAGGGUUCUAUACGGUAUGUCUUGGAAGACUCUGAGUUUGGAUCUGGCUCUGAGGAGCCCUUAGAUAUGACGGCUAAAAACAGCCGUUUGGAUGGCGAAGACCAUUCCAUUCAAAAGCAUGUAAUAAUGGCUUACUUACCACAACAAGACGUGCUCUCUCCACGGUUGACAUGUAGGGAAACCCUUAACUUUGCAGCUGAUUUGAAAUUGAACUCUUCUACCAGGACUAAGAAGUUGAUGGUUGAACAGUUGAUUGAGGAGUUAGGGUUAAGAGAUUGUGCUGAUACUUUAGUGGGGGAUAACUCACACAGAGGUCUCUCCGGUGGAGAGAAGAGAAGAUUAAGUAUCGGUACUCAAAUGAUUUCGAACCCCUCCAUCAUGUUCUUGGACGAACCUACUACUGGACUGGAUGCAUAUUCUGCUUUUUUGGUCAUUAAGACCUUGAAAAAAUUAGCAAAGGAAGAUGGCAGGACAUUUAUCAUGUCCAUCCAUCAGCCAAGAUCAGAUAUUUUGUUUUUACUGAGCCAGGUUUGCAUUUUAUCGAAGGGCAAUGUGAUAUACUGUGACAAAAUGGAUAAGACCAUCCCUUAUUUUGAAUCUAUUGGUUACAGUGUGCCGCAGUUGGUGAAUCCUGCGGAUUAUUUCAUUGAUUUGUCAAGUGUUGAUUCAAGAUCCGAUAAAGAGGAAUGCACUACGCAAAAGAGGCUGGAUUCGUUGAUCGAUCAUUGGCAUGAUUAUGAAAAAAACCAUUUGCAACUGCAGACGGAAUCUUGUAUAGAUAACGCUGUCGAAAUUCACAUCCAAAAUAUGACCACCAGGUUACCAUUUUGGAAACAAGUUACGGUUUUGACAAGACGAAAUUUUAAGUUGAACUUUUCAGAUUAUGUGACUCUUAUAUCCACUUUCGCAGAACCUGUAAUCAUUGCUACAGUUUGUGGCUGGAUUUACUACAAACCCGACAAGACCUCCGUCGGCGGGUUAAGGACAAUUACCGCUUGUCUCUACGCAUCGACCAUAUUACAGUGCUACUUAUAUCUGCUGUUUGAUACGUAUCGACUUUGUGAGCAGGAUAUCGCGUUGUAUGAUCGUGAAAGGGCAGAAGGUUCAGUAACACCGCUAGCAUUCAUCGUCGCUAGAAAAUUUUCUCUUUUUCUCUCAGAUGAUGUUGCUAUGAUCAUGAUCUUUGUGAGUAUAACGUAUUUCAUGUUUGGGCUCGAAGCAAAUGCGAGCAAAUUCUUUUAUCAGUUUGCCAUCGUGUUUCUGUGCCAAUUAUCUUGUUCUGGGUUGUCUAUGUUAUCUGUGGCUGUUUCAAGAGAUUUUUCUAAAGCUUCUUUGGUGGGUAAUUUGACAUUUACUGUAUUAUCUAUGGGGUGUGGUUUUUUCGUUAACGCUAAGGUCAUGCCAGUCUAUGUUCGUUGGAUUAAGUAUAUUGCUUUCACGUGGUAUUCAUUUGGUACUCUGAUGUCAAGCACUUUUACGGAUUCCUAUUGUACCUCGGAUAAUCUUGAUGAAUGCUUAGGCAAUCAGAUUUUAAAGGCUUACGGGUUCCCUAGGAAUUGGAUCACUGUACCUGCAGUUAUUUUAUUUUGUUGGUCAAUAGGGUAUUUUGUGGUAGGAGCAAUUAUCCUAUAUUUACACAAGAUUGAUAUCACUUUACAAAAUGAAGUAAAGUCGAAAGGAAAGAAAAUUAGCAAGAAGUCACCAAGCGACGUGAAACCCGAAAUCCAAUUGCUAGAUGAUAUUCACCAUCAAAAGGACUUGGAAGCAGAAAAAAAAGAUAGAAAAAAAUCCAUUACCGUAAAUCUACAGGACAUAGACCUGCGAGUAAAUUUCUUUAACCCUUUCACAAAUUGGAAGGAAAGCAAAUUCCACCACGAAACCAAAGAGAUCUUGCAAUCAGUCAAUGCCGUUUUCAAACCUGGGAUGAUUAAUGCGAUUAUGGGGCCAUCAGGGUCAGGAAAAUCCUCAUUGUUGAAUUUAAUCUCUGGAAGAUUAAAGUCCUCUCUUUUUGCUAAGUUUGCCACUUCAGGUUCAAUAAUGUUCAAUGAUAUUCAAGUUUCAGAGCUCAUGUUCAAGAACGUCUGCUCAUAUGUUUCACAAGAUGAUGACCAUCUUUUGGCCACAUUAACUGUUAAGGAAACGCUUAAAUAUGCAGCUGCGCUAAGGUUGCAUCAUUUGAAUGAGGCAGAACGGAUGGAAAGAACCGAUAAUUUGAUAAGAUCCCUAGGUUUAAAGCACUGUGAAAACAACAUCAUUGGUAAUGAAUUUGUUAAGGGUAUUAGUGGUGGUGAAAAGAGAAGAGUCACGAUGGGUGUUCAAUUACUAAAUGAUCCGCCAAUCUUGUUAUUAGAUGAACCAACUUCAGGGCUAGAUAGCUUUACAUCCGCCACUAUAUUGGAAAUUCUGGAGAAUCUGUGUAAGGAACACGGGAAGACAGUUAUCAUCACUAUCCAUCAACCAAGAUCGGAAUUAUUCAAACGAUUUGGUAAUGUUUUGUUGUUAGCCAAAUCAGGUAGAACUGCAUUCAAUGGGUCACCCGAUGAAAUGAUUACUUAUUUUGCUGACUUGGGUUUUGAUUGCCCAUCUUUUACCAAUGUGGCAGAUUUUUUCCUUGAUCUAAUUUCAGUUAAUACUCAAAAUGAACUGAAUGAACAAAGCUCUAAAUCAAGGGUAGAAGAAAUACUAGCAGCUUGGAAAGAGAAUUUAGAGAAUGAAAGUAUUUCAUCAUCUCCCAUAUCUGAAAAGCAGCAUUACUCUCAAGAAUCAUUUUUAACAGAAUAUAGCGAGUUUGUGAGGAGGCCAGCUAAUCUGAUGUUAGCAUACAUAGUUAAUGUCAGGAGGCAAUUUACUACGACCAGAAGAAGUUUUGAUUCUUUGAUGGCACGUAUCGCACAAAUUCCAGGGUUGGGUGUUAUCUUUGCGUUGUUUUUUGCUCCAGUCAAGCAUAACUAUACUAGUAUCAAUAAUCGCUUGGGGUUAGCACAAGAGUCCACAGCGCUUUACUUUGUGGGUAUGCUGGGGAACCUGGCAUGUUAUCCAACUGAGAGAGAUUAUUUUUAUGAAGAAUACAAUGAUAACGUUUACGGUAUAGCACCCUUUUUCUUAGCUUAUAUGACAUUAGAGCUACCACUAUCCUUAUUAGCUUCGGUUUUAUAUGCAGUGUUUACAGUGCUAGCAUGUGGAUUACCAAGAACAGCAGGAAAUUUCUUUGUGACAGUUUAUUGUUCUUUUGUUGUUACCACUUGCGGUGAAGCUUUGGGUAUAAUGACAAAUACGUUUUUCGAAAGGCCAGGAUUUGUUGUUAACUGUAUUUCCAUUAUUUUAUCCAUUGGUACACAGAUGUCAGGAUUAAUGUCACUGGGAAUGUCGAGAGUAUUGAAAGGUUUCAACUAUUUAAACCCUGUAGGAUAUACCUCUAUGAUCAUUAUAAACUAUGCAUUUCCGAGGAACUUGAAGCUAACUUGCGAAGAUGGCGGAAAAAACCCUGAUGGUACUUGUGAAUUUGGUACCGGGCAUGAUGUAUUGGUUUCUUAUGGAUUAGAAAGAAAUACUCAAAAAUACUUGGGGAUUAUUGUAUGUGUAGCCAUUAUAUACCGUCUUAUUGCGUUUUUCAUUUUGAAAGCCAAAUUAGAAUGGAUGAAGURGUAA